AUGCAGCCUGCCAUACAUUUAUUACUUGACUUCAUUUUCAUCAUCUCGCCAAGUAUCAGCAUUAUUAAAACCAGCAGUAGCAACAGCGUGCUCGUGCUCGGUAGUUACUCUUACUGCUUUCUCUAUUCUUUGAUUCCAUCGAAUGUCGUACUCCAAAGUUAUCGUUGCUGCAGACAUCAUUGUAGUCUUUUUUUUUUCUUGUCAUCAUCAUUAUUACUGGCAUCAGUACUGACAUCUUCGACCCCCACAAACCAACACACCCGGUAUUUACCAACUGUCCUUUACUGUUGCUUCUCUCUCUUACUCUUUUUCUCUUCCUUUCUCUCUAUCUGUCUUUCUACCUAUCUCUCUUACCCCCUCCUCCCCUGCUGCUGCCAUCACUGCUGUGGUAGUAGUAGUCACCAUUGUGGUGUAGGCACACCAACACCAAUUUCUUCUCUCAGCAAUGUGGAAGGGUCGGCGGAUUGGGUACUAUAUCCUUACAAUAUCUCUUGCCUUUCACAAGUGGAGAAUUAUGACAAACCAUAUUACUGUAUAAACUGCAUAAAAGUGUGUAUGUAUGUUCGCCACCUGGUGCCAGACAAUUUGCUGCAUACACUUGUUCUUUUGUACGUGUGCGUUCUCAUGUUUUUUGAAAAUGCAUCCAGACUUGUUACUUUUCUUUUCGAAAGAGUAAAGCUCGUUUCUGUAGGUGGAAGGGCCUGCCCCGUUGAUGGGUGGGUACUCUUCAGGACAUCCAUUUUUGUUUUCCCUCCCUCUCUCCACAGUCCACCCCAACUUACCGGCGGCCACUCCUUCUCCGUAAAGGUGAUCGGAGAGUACACACUUGUCUUCAAGUUGUUUUGGGAUGUUUCCGUUAAUAUGUUUGAAAAAUGUGUUUUGUGUGCGUGCCGCGCUUCGCCCUUUCUCUCUCUCUUUCUCUCUCUCUCUUUCUCUCUCUCUCUUUCUCUCUCUCUCUCUCUCUCCGAUCUAUGCAAUGAGGUAUAUUUACUGUCUUUUCCUUUUGUUGUCCUUUCUUUCUUUCCUUUUAUUGUCCUUUCUUUCCUUCCCAAUAGAAAAGAAAAGAAGUACAAUAAUUCUUUCUAUCCUUUUAUUGUCAUUUUACUGGCUUUUCUUUAUUUCUUUUUAUUAUCCUUUCUUUCCUUUUUGUAA